AUAUUCCAUUAUCUCUACUAUACUCUUUAUCUCUACCCACACCUGCUCUAUCAGAACAAUUAGAUAUAUUACCAACACAGCUAACUAGCACUUACAACAAUUUCCAUAAAAAGCUAAACAUACAAGAAAUAACAGUUUUACAAU